GCGAUGGCCGCCGCCGACUACGACCGCGCGUACCGCCCCUACGCGCCCUCCUCCGCCGGCGACUACGACCGCCCCUACCGCAACGAGAUCGUGCCCUACGGCGACCGCCGCAUCGACCUCGUCGUCAAGCCGCCGCCGCCCACCAGGUCCCCGCCGCCGCCGUUGCCGGUCACCAAGAGCGGAGGCGGGGGCGGGAUAGGCUCCGCCUGGUGCUUCAGCGACCCGGAGGUGAAGAGGCGGCGUCGGGUGGCGAGCUACAAGGCAUACUCGGUGGAGGGAAAAGUCAAGGCCUCGUUUCGCCGGGGAUUCCGCUGGAUCAAGGACAAGUGCACCGGCUUCAUCCAUGGCUGGUAACAACCAUGAAGGUCAAAAUUCUUCAGUGGCAUGCGGUGGCUUCUUGGACAUGGGACGCACAAGAUGAGACAUGUGGCAUAUGCAGGAUGGCUUUUGACGGCUGCUGCACUGAUUGUAAGUUCCCUGGUGAUGAUUGCCCAAUCAUUUGGGGUGUCUGCAACCAUGCUUUCCAUCUUCACUGCAUACUCAAGUGGGUCAAUUCUCAAACAUCAACCCCCCUUUGCCCCAUGUGCCGUAGGGAGUGGCAGUUCAAGGGCUAAGGGCAUCUCAAACUAUGUCAGUACCAAGAGUUUUCAUAUCUCCUCGUAGAAAACUAGAAUGAACGUGUAACUGGAAUGUAGUUGGGUUAUCUUGUAAGUGCCAUGUCAUACUUUCUGGUAAUCAGGAUGGUUGGCAUCUUUUGAGUGAAGCUGUGAGACCUUGGAGCCACAGCUAUUAUGAUUUUCAAGUUGUGACCAUGCAAAUCCAAUGAUUGCCUUUGAAAAGUCAAA